AUGUCUAUGACGGCUUUAUUAUUUGGUUUUGCAAUGAUUGAUAAUAUUCUUCUAUUAUUGAUUAAUAUUUAUAAUAUUAUAACUUUAUCUGAUCUUGAAACUGAUUUGAUGAAUGUUCGGCAAUGUUGUACUAAACUUAAUCAAACGUUUCUACCUGAAAUUGCAUUACAUGUGAUGUUAACAGUUUUUUUCAUAUUCAGUAAUCAUUGGCUUCUAUUUCUGCUCAAUGUUUGUUUGGAUCUUUGGUUUGCUUAUGUAUAUUUUAAGCGUCAACCCGGUCAAUUAGGUAUCUAUGAUCCAUUAGAAAUUAAUAAUCGACAACGGAUUAAAGCAAAGAUGAGAGAGUUUAUUAUUCGAUUACCAUUCUAUCUUAUAUGCUUUUUUAUUUAUCUCUUUUUAUUAAUACAAGCAUUGAUUAUAUAA